UCCAGUCUUUAUGAAGUGUAAGAAAAAGGCAAGUAAAGUGGAUAAAAACUAGGAGCCCGUUCUAUUCCCUAUGCUAUUUCUCUUGCUUUGAACCUGAUGGCAAAGGGCAAAGCAUAUCACAAAGUAUUAGUGCCGUUCAAGCCUUCGGAACCUGACAAUAACUCUUUUCAGCUCAGAGAGAAAUCAUCUGAUGACUGUGUAUUGUUGGACGAUUGCGGUCCAUCUGAAACCAGUAGCCAGGUUCAGUAUAGAUUAAGCAUGGGAGACAAAGAAAUUUCCCAAGUUUUCUCAGAAUGGUUCUUAAAAGCCAUCAAGCACGACGAUAACGAGAUUGAGUCUCAAGUGGUCGUUGGAUGUUCCGAAAAUAAGCCGAAGGCGGAAGAAGUUGCGCCAUAUGAUAUUUAUACAAAAGAGGACAUUGAAUACUUAAAUGACUAUUUCGAAGAGCUGCAACGACAAAAGGAGGAAACAAUAACGGCCUUAAUAGAUUCGGCUGAGCGCCGAAAAAUUAUUUCAGCUUCCGGUUCACCUUCAUCAGAUACCAGCCAUGAAACGCGUGCUACGGACACAAAAAUUGGUCAAGAUCUCACUAUUAAAGAACCAAAGAUACGAAUGAUUUCCGAGGUAGCCAAGACAACCCCUGAUCUUCGCGGUCCCGCAAUUGAACAAAUUUAUAUUGUCAACAAACAGGGUAUUCCAAUGCUACAGUUUGCUGUUCAGGUGGAACUUGUAGAAAGUGCCCACAGUGUUAUUUGUACAGUGCCCGCUGCCCGCGCCGCCGUAGAAUCCGCUAAAGCGUCGACCUUUUCCUAUACAGAUUUGCUUUGUUUGGAUUGUGAUGUUAUAAAGUGUACAAGACACAAGUGCAAUAAGCCAGAGCUUCGAGUUAUCAAUUUACUGUCAGUACAGCCUGGCAGACUUGUCCUUGUAGCUUCACCGAAAGGUGAACUUAUUCGUGGCAUUAUCGAAGUUGUCCACGGCUACCAGAAAGGAGUCGUUGGCGUUGGGGUUGGAUAUGUCGAUGAACCGGGAGGUAUGUAUACUCAAACAGUGUUUGAGUGUCCAAACGAGAUCGCUGUUAUUCCUUACGCACUUAUAAGAAUGAAGCGUAGUAACGAAGCGGAUGAUAAUGGCAGACCAGUAAUGCUCCCAGUGGGUACUCACUUCGAACAACUACGCAAGGGUGAAAUACGAAGCGUAUUCUGUCACGCCAUAGAAGGGAACACAGCAUUUGGGUUCUUCGGUGACACUGUUGAGUAAAGCGGCCGACUACAUUGUCUGGGGUCUACUUAUUUUCUGCAAAGACAUCAUGAGCUGAGACAAGAACAGUCGGGGUUUUCAGCGUUCCAACACGCUGUUACAAGUCGGCAACGCUCUAUAAUCAGCCUUCUCUCAUUUGAAUAUAUGGUAAAUUAGUAAAAAAAAAAAAAUAAAAUAUGUAAAUUUGUGGUGCACAAUUAAGGGAUACAUAAAUCCCUUUCCUGUGCAUCAUACACUUGAAUAUGUUAUUGACUUGUCGAAUAAUGUAUACAGAAUGGUCGCUGUUGGAGAGUGCUUACCACAUUGUAUAUAGAUAUGAAAUGUCUCUCAUUUCGACGUACGUUGAGAUAUACGCUUAAUUAAAUAUAUCUAUAGCUAUUAUAUAAGUUUAAAGGAAGCUGAUACAGAGACGCUGUAUGACAUGAUCUUCUUUCAACGAUUUAUUCUAUGCAAAUGCAUGUUUAUGCUACAUGUGAGAUGAAGAGAGUUAAUUAGUUAUCUUUACCAAGUGCUUAGUUGUUGUUGUUGUUGUUGUUGUGUUAACUUGAGCCUGAAGGAAGGCAUGUAUCAGAUCUUAGCGAACUGAAUCUACCAAUAGCGUGCAGCUUAUUGCAGCAAUUUUUUUCUGCAUUGUUCUGACUUGAAAGGGGUAACGGAAACCGGGGUACCGUGUAAAACGCCAAGCGUUCGUAGUACUAAGUUCGUUCAUAACAGUAUACUAAA